AUGGGUUGCUCCGCAGAGAGCAACCCACGCUCGAGAGAAAUGGCGGCAGUGACGCAACGAGAGUCUGAUCAGCUGGUGAAAUGCUCUCAUGAACGCUCCAUCCACCUCUUCAUUGAUUCCCUCUUGUAUGAAGAAAAACCAAUCAUGGCGUACCGAUGCAAUUCAAAAGAAACAUUUGAAAGAGCUUGCUUGAGCUGCCGAAAGAACCGUUGCAACAAUUUAGGGUAUGAAGUCAAAAGAGUGGGAAGCAAGAAGAAGCAAAUGUAUCUGAAGACCCGUGCACAUGCCCCUUAUAAAGUCUUUCAUUUCCAGGUCAAGAUACAUUUUUUUGGAAUGAACAUUACCAAGAGAAAUGAACCAUUUCUUAUUUCUUUUUAUGGCACCAAGAAGGAAAGUGAGAACAUACCGUUUGUAAUGCCUGAGAUCUCCACUAACAAAACAAGUUCCUUCCUGGUGUGUACUGAAGUUGAUAUUGGAGAACUGCUUAUAGUAAAACUUCAGUGGGAAAAAGAAUCUUUUUUCAGUUUGAGAUGGUGGGAUACCCCUGAAUUUAGCAUACGAGUAGUCAGAAUCAAGGCUGGAGAAACCCAGAAAAAGGUGAUGUUCUGCUCACAGAAUGGAUCCUCUUUUCUCCAAAAAGGGGGUAAAGCUGCAGAAUUUAUGAGAUGCAAUAUGAAAAACAUAAUGACACAGAUUCAUGAGACCAGGCCAAGAUAAUGAAUGAGUGAAGACAUUCUACUUUGGGAAGGAAAUUCCACAGAGUACUGACCAAACAGGAAUGAUUGUACUGACAUAAUUAUCUGCCUUCUAUAAAACUGUCAGCUGACACUGCCCUAGGAAUUAUUUACCCAGACUGAAAUCUUGAUUUGGUUUUGCAUGAAUGUGACUAGCAAUAUACAUUCAAAUUCACAUCCGACUGGAAACACGGAAGUGCAGAUGGACAGUAUCUUCAUCCAGAUCAACAUCUGAAUGCAAACUUGAUUCCUUAUUCAAUGAGCAGCAUGCAUGUAAAACCCACUUCUACUGGGUAGAUCUCCUUAUCUGGAUCAGCAUAUACCAAAAACUACAUAAGCCAACUUUAUUUUUAUAAUUAAGAAGAAAUCUCUCACAGAUGGUGAUUUUUGUAUUAUUCAGAACAAAGGUCAAUAAUUCUUAUACCAACUCUCUUGUUUUAGAAUGCACUUGUGUUAAAAAAAAAAACCUAUUUAUUGAAGAAUUGCUUAUUUUUACAUGCAUUUGGGUUAAGGUGUUUGGUUGUUUUUUUAUUAAGUUCUACUUAAUAAAAAAGUUGGGUGUUUUGCUGUGCAAUGUCCAUUUAGCUGAUAUGUGCAGUUUUGGAGCUUUGGCUGGCUAUAAAUUACUUUUAUAAGCAAUUAAGAACAAUAUUUAGACUUUCUAUUCAAUAAAUGCUUACAAGCCACAAUAUAUAUGAAUAAUGAUGUUUUGUAGGUCAGAAAAAUCUCAGAGAAAGCUGUUUCACAGUAGGUAAAUAAUUAAAUUUAGGAAACACUUAGCCAUCCAUAUUCUCCUUAUAUGACAAUAAAUGCACCACAGGAGAAAAUACCUAAAGUUGUGUCUCAUGCUUUUCCUUUAAAAAGGAAUCCAAUGCAUUUAUAGUAAACAUACUUAUCUUUAUCAAAUGACUAUCCCUAAAAAAAGAAGCAUCAGUAUUAUAAACAUUGUAGGACUAUUGCUGCUUAUAACAAUAUUGUUACCAGACACAAAAUUUCUGUAUUGAUUGUGGACAGUAAUGGCAACAAAAACCUAUGAUUUUCACAAAUCCAUAUCCCAAACAAAUAAUAAUCCCCCUUUUUUGACCGUUUCUAACAUGGAAAAUAAUAUUUUUUUUCUUGAGGUAAUGUUAGCAUAUGAAGAUGUAGUAUUAGACUUUCACUUUGGGAGAAUACAUAAAUAUAUAUAUUUUGUUGAAUCAGGAAGUAAGGACACACAGAAAGAGGUAUUUGAUGCAGAUAUUUAUUGGCAUGGUCAAAAUAAUUCAUCACUUUUAUUUUUUUAAUCAAAAUUGCAGACUUUCAAAGUUAGAACCAAUUAUAUUCACAGUGGUUUAGUAAGUUGUACACUAAAAAAAAAAAGAUAAUUUUUACUUCUGUGAAGAUACAUAAAAACAUAGAUGUGCCUGAGCUUAGAUACUUCCACUUUAGCAUCUGAUUGUUCAAUACAUUAGCUCUUACUACAGGAAAAAAGUUAACAAAUGUGUGGCAAAAAUUAAAAACAAUUCUUUUAAGAUUUUUUUUUUAUUGUGAUGGUUACCCUGCACAUCGGUCUUUCAUUCAGGCAGGAAAAACAAGCAAACGCUGAAGGAUACCUUUAAAGAUGUACAUCAUUUCUUCUGGAUGAAGCCAAUUUCUCAGGAAUGAGAUUUAAAAGACUAUUUCUUAACAAGUUGAAGAUUUUUAAUGCAAAGUAAAAAAACAAUGCCAACAGCCCUUGAUCACCAAAAGGAGUUUUAUAUAUGAGAAGAUAUAUCUUGACUUUAAUUGUUUCUAUUUAUUAUUUGUAAAAUAUAUUUGUGUACAUAAUGUAAAAGUUAGUUUGUAUAUAUUGCUGAAAUAAAGCUAUAUUCAUUUAUA